AUGGGGUAUGAAAGGGUCCUCAAUCUUUCGCUCAUACCGACGACUCUUUUUUUCCUCCUGUCUCUCGUUUCUAUCGUAAUAACAGCCCACUACUGGAUCAUCGGCGAUUGGCUAAUGCCGCGAUGGAUCGCGGUGCCGACGACUUUCAACCAGCGGACGAACUCGUGGAACCACGAUGACAUGAUCGUCGACUACACUGAGCCGUCCACCAACGCGACUAUUAUCUCUGGAUGCCUCUGCUUAACGGCCGCCGUGAUGGCAGGUAUUGCGUGGCACAAGCUGCGGAAGCGGGAUAUGGACUCGGACUUCCAGUUGCCAGUGCGCCGCUUCUAUACCGGCACCGUCUUCAUCACCGGAGCAGCAGCCGUGGGCGCCGCGCUCGCCGCGCUCGUUACUUCCUUCACAGACAAGGGGCCCGAUCAGUACGGCUGCACGGUCUCGACAGCGUCGACGAAGUCUGCGGGAACGUUUACGAAUCUCCUCUGCUCGCGGGAGAUGGGGGCGUGCAACUUUUUGAAGAAGUGGGUGCCUCUGGGUACGGACAGAAGCAAAGAUUGGACGGCUCCGCUAGCCUGUAAUGAGAUUAUCGCCGUUAAGUGGCUGCAGAUCGUGCUUAUUGUGAAUGCAGUGGUGGUUAUGGCGAUGUUUGGUCUUCAGGCGAGGUUGCGGAAGAAGACGAGAUGGACGAGGGCUGGGAAGCAGCCGCUUGUCAACCCCAUGUGA